AUGACUGAAUUCAAGGACUGGUACAACAGUGUACCGUAUUUUACUCGUUAUUGGUUGACUUUUACAAUAGGUUUAAGUAUUAUUGGAAGAUUUGGAAUAAUAAGUUAUUAUUAUUUCAUCUUGGACUACUAUCCCUUCAUACACCAGUUCCAGAUAUGGCGCCCAAUUACAGCUCUAUUUUAUUACCCUAUAGGACCCUCUACUGGAUUCCAUUUUUUGAUAAACUGUUACUUUCUUUAUAAUUACUCUCAAAGAUUAGAAUCAGGCAUGUUUGCUGGUAAACCUGCAGAUUACUGUUACAUGCUGCUGUUUAAUUGGCUAUGCUGUGUUAUAAUUGGCCUUUUGGUUAAUUUACCUAUCCUUAUGGAUCCCAUGGUACUCUCAGUACUGUAUGUUUGGUGCCAGCUUAACAAAGAUGUAAUUGUGUCAUUUUGGUUUGGCACUCGCUUCAAAGCCAUGUACCUGCCCUGGGUGUUACUUGCUUUCAAUUUAGUUAUUAGCGGAGGGGGUGUAAUGGAGCUUCUUGGAAUUCUCAUUGGCCAUUUGUCAUUUUUCCUAAUGUUCAAAUACCCACAAGAGUUUGGCGGACCAGCUCUCUUGACACCACCAGCCUUUUUAAAACAAAUUUUCCCCGAAACUCGUUAUGUUGGUGGAUUUGGUAGCGCGCCACAAACGAGGCCGGCGACCGGCGCGCGUCCCGCCGGGACUAUGUUUGGGGGAUACAACUGGGGCAGAGGCCAGACAUUGGGCGGGAAC